AUGGAAGGUAAAAAAAAUAUUCAAACCGGCUUGUGGUGGCGUCACUUGGUUGCUGGUGGUCUUGCGGGGGCAGCAUCACGCACCUGCACGGCUCCAUUAGAUAGAAUAAAGGUAUUCUUGCAGGUUCAACCACAUAAAACUGCGAUAUCGGACACUGUCAAAUAUAUGCUAAAUGAAGGAGGCAUCCGCAGUAUGUGGCGUGGCAAUGGCAUGAACGUUUUGAAAAUUGCUCCCGAGAGUGCGAUUAAGUUUGCCGCAUAUGAGCACAUGAAACGAUUAAUACGUGGGGACGAAAAGCGACCAAUGACGAUUAGCGAACGUUUCAUGGCGGGUGCAAUGGCGGGUAGUAUUGCGCAAACUGCCAUCUAUCCAAUGGAAGUAUUGAAAACCCGGUUAGCAUUAAGUAAAACUGGUCAGUAUAAGGGUAUUUUGAAUGCUGCGAAGAAAAUUUAUUUGCAAGAGGGUGCACGAAGUUUUUAUCGUGGUUACGUUCCAAAUAUGUUGGGUAUUAUUCCUUAUGCAGGCAUUGAUCUUGCAGCGUACGAAACUUUGAAGAGGAAGUAUGUAAGCAGUCAUAAUGUGGAACAACCAAGCUUCCUGGUGCUAUUGGCUUGCGGCAGCGUCUCUAGUACCUUGGGACAAAUAUGUUCAUAUCCAUUAGCGCUAGUACGAACGCGACUGCAAGUAAAAGGCGGUAAUACGAAUAUGCAACCAACUCUCGGACUAUCACUAAGGCAAAACGAUGAUAACAUGAUCGGUGUCUUUCGAAAUAUCGUGAAUAAUGAGGGUGUAUUUGGAUUGUACCGUGGCAUUACACCCAACUUUAUAAAAAUGGUACCAGCAGUGUCCAUAAGCUACGUGGUGUACGAAUACUCAAGUCGUGCCUUAGGUGUGAGUAUGACGUGA